UAGUCAGCACCAUGUGGUCCAUGUUUCUCUAACUGUCUACUGCAGGUGGUCACUGAGACUGGUGUAUAUUUAGUAGUGUUGUAUGGUGUGGAGAGAGCGGUUGAAGGGUGUCAGUGGGAGGGGGCUUGGGGCAGGAUUUGGAACAGUUAGUCUUAAAAGCCUCUGCCCUCACUCGUGCCUCCUUUGUGGAGCAGACAGUGAAGCAAGGAGCAGUGGACCUCUGUUCUCUCUCUUUCUUAUUUCCUCCCUGUCGUGUCCUCCAGUCUGCCUGAGCGGCUUCCUCUGGAAACAUGUCCAAGAGCACCAAGCCCACCAUGGACCCCACAAAGAUGGGGCUGGGACGCUCCAUUGCUGUGCUGACGUCUGGUGGAGAUGCUCAAGGUAAGCAGUGGAUGAUGCUGUUUUUUUUUUUUUUAAUCUGAAAACUUUGUGAUGAGAACUUGUUGAUGUUAAAACAGAACAGAAGGCCAAAAAUUCUUAUGUUUUCUGCUGAUGUUUUUGAGCACAACGCUGAAUCCCUACCAGCUGGAAAAGAGCCAGUUGUCCUCUCUAUUGCAAGGCUCUAUCAAAGUAUCAUGUUGGUCCUGUGACUGCGUGACAUGCUUAGUCAGUUUAGAAGCCAAAGAACAGAAAGGGCAAGAAACAUUUUUCCACGAUGACAGGCAGGCAGAGUUGGAAGACAGCUGUAAAAGGUUGAUGGAUGUUCAUCCAGGGGUCUUACUUGAAGUCUGCGCACCUAGAUUAGGUUAUGUCAUAGAUACACAACGCCAUACGUGUUUGAUUUAAAUCCAGCAGAGCCUCAAGUGUCAGUGAAGAUGACACACCGUUUGAAGUAGAUGCAGUAGAAGUAGAUGAACAUUAAAAUAAACAAACCAUUGGUGAUAGAAAAAAAAGUUAGUUCAGAAAGCAUCCACUCCCACAUUCUUAGAUUUAAAUUUACAUUAGAUUCUGUGUUGAGCUACCACUGAGGUCCUGUGAGGAACUUCCUGUUUGUGUCACCCCCAGUGGACAAAGCACUGCAUCUCUCCUCUGACCUUUUUCAAUAUACGACUGAGUAAGGAUUUAUGACAAAACAACAGCUUAUCCUGCAUUCUUUGAACAUUAAAUGCAUCAGUCAUUCUUGAAUUUGUAAUAAAAGGCUCCCCCUUAUGGCUGCAGUUAUAGGCAUGAAACUUAACCUCAUUACUGGUGAUCAUAGUUGCUUUUGAAGGUCAUAAAAAAAACAUCUCUUUUUUUUACUUUUACUUAAAAACUACAUAAAAAAAUCUUCUCGCAGGAGUUUCAGUGCUUAACUUGAUGGUGUCUCAUCAUAACUUUGUGCCAUCUUUACGUCCAAUCUUCUUCUCCAAACCUGACUCUUACCCUUUGUAUGGCGCCUUUAUCUGCCCUAGUGUUCACUUUUUUUGCAUCUUCAAGGCUAAUUUUAGUGGCUCUGACCUUUUUCUGGUAUGGACAGAGAGAAACGCCCCCAAUUCUCAGCUGCUGUCUGCUGAAACAAGAGCUGCCACAUGCCAGUCAACUCUGCCACAACACAAGCCCUCACACUGUGGCCUUUCAGUGUACCACACAGUCAGGGGGCAAGAUGGUACACAAGAUGUACAGUCCUCCUAAGCUCAGCCUCUGUCCUGUCUUCUGUAGUUAUUUCUGUCUCAUCUGUUCCCUAUGGAGGUCACUUAAAGGUUAAAAUAAAUGGGUCUGUGAGUCCUAAUGUCAUGAUAUAGAAAAUACAACAUGCCUUUUUGUUUUGAUGUGUGUCUGUUAAACCUCACACAUUGUGUCUUUUGUGUGUCUCAGGUAUGAACGCAGCUGUUAGAGCCACAGUAAGAGUGGGUCUCUACACAGGAGCUAAAGUCUACUUUGUUCAUGAGGUACAGUACAAGGUCAUGACAUUACUCACAAGCCUGAAGAGAAACUUUGUUUGUUAUUAAAAUAAGCUACCAUACAGUACUGAGCUUGUGAACCAACAAUUACUGCAUCAGUGUUUGUUGACAUGUGCUGCAGGGCUAUCAGGGUCUGGUGGAUGGAGGAGACAACAUCCGUCAGGCCACAUGGGAGAGUGUGUCCAUGAUGCUUCAGCUGGUGAGUGAGCGGAGUAUUCACACAGACGCAGAUAUGCAACUUAAUCUACACAUAAAUUCACAGUAAAAAUGAUGUUGCAGAAGCAGUCCGAUAUUUCAAAAUCAUUUCAAAGUGAGCCAGUUUCCAUUUAUUUUGAGGUGUGUGAGAUUAGCACACAUUCACCAACCUCUCAUAAUAGUAUAGCCUACAGUGUGUCUAUCUCAGCCGUGAAUGUAAGAUGAUAAAGAUAUUGCAAAACUGUGAAAUUCAUUGUUCCUCUUUAAUUUGUUGUAUUCAUUGUGAUCUAAAUGAAUAGACCAGACCACAGUGUUGUAUAGCUGUUGUGUUGCACAAUCUUUUUAGGGAUAAAGAAGUGCUGUUGUGGCUAAUGUACAAGAAUAACUGACAGUAAUUACAGUGCAAUAAUCAUCAUCUUCAAAGCCAAGGCUUUUUUUUUUUUUUUUACAUGAACAGCUUCUCUUUGUGUUUUAGGGAGGCACAGUCAUUGGCAGUGCUCGCUGUAAAGACUUCCGCUGCAGAGAGGGUCGUUUGACUGCAGCUUGCAACCUGGUGAAGUUGGGCAUCACCAAUCUGUGUGUGAUCGGAGGAGACGGUAGUCUGACUGGAGCCAACCAGUUCAGGACUGAGUGGAGCGGGCUGCUAGCUGACCUGGUCAAAGCUGGUAAAGAAACAAAUGGAGAGACUAGAAAAAAAUUAUGAGAGAAAUCUGUAAAAUCCUCCGAGUGAUUUUAGACACUUUUUAAACCCCUGGAUGGAAGGUUGGUCCUUUACUAGGAUGAUUUUUAAGUAUCUCAAAUAUUGGAUGGAGAUUACAUUUAGGUAAAGGUUUCAUGUUCCACCAGGGGAUGACUCUUUAUAAAUUUGGUCCAUUGGAUUUCCCUGUGCCUCCACACUUUUGGCAAUAAGCACAUUAACUUAAUAAAACUGCUUUAUUUAUUACCAUAAAUUAUGCAAAUACCACCUCUGGGGCACUUAUUAGCCCUUCACUUAAGAGGUAAUGCUUUAAUUAGGCCAAAAUGUGAAUAUCUUACAAACAUGAGCUCUGCUGAAUGUUGCAUAAAUUGUGAUUAGCAUGGAUGACUCAGCUGACAGCAUAGUGGUGAAAGUUUUGCUUUUGCUUUCAUGCUCAGCAACAGACUUCUAUUUUAGAUGUAAUAUUCUCUUUGCAGGGGAAUAUUAAUCAUUUUAUAUUUCUCCUCUCAACAAUGUUCAUAUUUCGGACCUUUUUUAAAUUUUCUGCAGGUAAGAUUACAGAUCAAGAGGCAAAGCAUUCUUCCCACCUGAACAUCGUUGGCAUGGUGGGCUCCAUUGACAAUGACUUCUGCGGCACCGACAUGACCAUCGGCACUGACUCUGCACUGCACCGCAUCAUUGAGGUGGUGGACGCCAUAACCACCACUGCACAGAGGUACAGCAUAACUGUGACCCACUAUCUCCUCACAAGGAGAUUCACUUUUAACAUUUAGAAAAUAUUAUACAUCUUGUUUGUGUAACUGACACAAAAUGCUCUCUGUGUGUCCACAGCCACCAGAGGACCUUCAUCCUGGAAGUGAUGGGCAGACACUGUGGGUCAGUUCCUAUUUGUAUGAAAAUAUGGACAUUAAACAAGAUAAACAGUGAAAAAAUGUCAUAAUCACAUUGGUGUUCACUUUGUAUUUGCACUUUUUGUCUUGUGGAAGGUUUUUUGUUGUCUCUCUGUUUACAUCAUAACCAGGUGUCCAAUAUUGUUUAUGCUGCAGGAAAACUGUUUUAUACAAUUAAAACUCAUGGAUGUCAAUCAUCUUGUGCAUCUUGGCCUGCAGGUACCUGGCCCUGGUGACAGCUCUGGCUUGUGGUGCAGACUGGGUGUUCAUUCCUGAAAUGCCACCAGAUGAGGACUGGGAGAACCAUCUGUGCAGAAGAUUGACAGACGUAUGUGUGUCUGUGUUUGCACAUCCAUGCAAGUCGUAUGUAAAUGUUGCAGCAUUUUUUAUUCAUGAUGCAUAAUUAAGAGUAUUUUUGUUUCCUUUGGUUGGGAUUCAGCAAAGAUCAAGAGGCUCUCGUCUGAAUGUAAUCAUUGUCGCAGAGGGUGCGAUGUCCAGAGAUGGCAAACCCAUCACAUCAGACCAGAUCAAAAAGGCAAUCACUUUUUACUGAUGUCUUUUUACUAAAGAAUUAACCCAAGAGGCACAGACCAAAUAUCAUACUAACAGGUGGAUUUAUCUGUCUCCAGCUGGUGACUGACAGACUCGGCUUUGACACCCGCGCCACUGUUCUCGGACAUGUACAGAGAGGAGGAACACCCUCAGCCUUUGACAGAAUCCUGGUAAGUUUCUUUAAUUUAUCAAAUACCAAAUUUAAAUCGUGGUUUACAUCUUUACCACAGCCUCUGAAGUCCUCACAUUCUGAUCUGAUUUUCUGUGUUUGUGUGAUCAGGGCAGCAGGAUGGGUGUGGAGGCAGUGAUGGCGCUGCUGGAGGCCACUCCAGAAACUCCCGCCUGUGUGGUCAGCCUGUCGGGGAACCAGGCAGUCAGACUUCCACUUAUGGAGUGUGUGCAAGUGGUAUGUCAUAUUCAAGUGUUGAUCUACCUGUGUGUACAGAUGUUUUUCUUCUCUCCUGCAUUCUUUGUUCAAUCUCUCUCUCUCUUUGCUUUAGACCAAAGAUGUGACCGCUGCCAUGGAUGAGGGCAGAUUUGAGGAUGCUAUCAAGCUCAGAGGAAAGUAAGUACCCAGAGGAAAGACAGACACAUGAACAGAUGUUCAAGCAAAAAGUGAAAUGACCUAAAAUGAUGAGUACAUAGACUUAUUAAAACAAAGAAGGGAUUUUGUUGUAUUUACUUUACCAGCAUUAUAUAUAUAUUGGUUGGUUAUAUAUGACAGAUAUAUCCCUACUUUUACCUCUAUAUUUUAGGAGUUUUGAGAACAACUGGAACACAUACAAACUGCUGGCUCAUAUCAACCCCCCUGAUGUGAAGGUAAGGAGCCUCCAUUUUCCAUAUCUGGCUCUAACUGUAUAAUCAAAAUUGUUUAACAUAAAACUCAGUUUCUUGCUUUAAAAAUGCACACCGGUAUUUUUAUUCCACGGUCUGACUCUGUGUUCAUCUCUAUUCCCCCUCUCAUGAACAGAGCAACAUCAAUGUCGCUAUAAUGAACGUUGGCGCUCCCUGUGCUGGAAUGAACGCUGCUGUGCGCGCAGCCGUCAGGAUGGGCAUCAUCCAGGGUCACUCCAUGCUGGCUGUUCAUGAUGGUUUUGAUGGUCUGGCUCAUGGACACGUUAGUUUUUCCUCUUUGUUCAGAUGUCUAUUUGUUACUUUGAAUGCUAUUAGAAAUCUAUUAAAAAUGAUGCAACACCAAAGUCAAAGAAAUGGGAGGAAAACAAGAUUAAAAAACAUCAAUUUGGUUUCCUGUAACGUUGUGGAUAUGACGGGUGGUAGCAGAGGUUCUAGGCAGGAACAAAAUAAAGAAAAAUAUAAGUACUGUGCCAUAACAGUGUUCAGUACUGCGAUAACAACAUAAAGUAGGUUAUACAAACUGAUACUGACAAGUCCAUACUGGCUGUAACUCAGUGGGUUAAUAGGACAUCUCACUUUAUAUGCUGAUGCAAUAGAAAACACACACACUGACAAACCAGAAAUUAAAACCCAAAAGCUAAAUGAGUUUGUACUAAAUCCAAUUUUGUCUCUCAGACAAAAACUAUGCAAUCAUCGGCGUACAGUGAGACCUUUCACAGCACAAAGUUAUUUCUUCUUGACCCAAUUUCAGACAGUAUUUUUUUGCUUUAUUGCAGAUCGAGCCCAUUGCUUGGACUGGAGUGAGUGGCUGGACCGGAAAAGGAGGCUCAAUGUUGGGCACCAAGAGGUAAAACAGGUAAAAAAUAUGUUUGUGUUUUUGUGAUGAGACAGUCAAAAGAUUCACUGUGCACUCUGUCUGUGUACCAAAGAGUUCUACCUGGUAAAAUACUGGAGGAAAUCAGCCAGAACAUUGCAAAAUUCAACAUCCAUGCUUUGGUAAUUGUUGGUGGUUUUGAGGUAAGACACAACUUUUUUGGGAAAUACAGAAUUUGUCUGAUUGUAGUUUACUAAAAUGCCUUGAGGAGUUUAAUAACUUCGUCCCUCAUUUUCAGGCUUAUGUGGGAGGCCUGGAGAUGGUUCAGGCCAGAGAAAAAUACGAGGAGAUGUGCAUUCCCAUGGUGGUCAUCCCUGCCACCGUCUCCAAUAAUGUGCCCGGCUCUGACUUCAGCAUCGGCGCCGACACCGCCCUCAACACCAUCACCUCUGUCAGUGCUUUAACAGCAGAUGUACAUACAUAUAUACUGCACAAACAAUAGAAAUGCAGCUAAAUACAUUGCCUUUGUGUUCGUCUGCAGACAUGUGACAGAAUCAAACAGUCUGCAGCAGGGACAAAGCGCCGCGUGUUCAUUGUUGAGACUAUGGGUGGAUACUGUGGCUACUUGGCAACCAUGGCUGGUUUGGCUGCUGGAGCUGAUGCCGCCUACAUCUUUGAGGAGAAAUUCGGCAUUAAAGAUCUAGAGGUGAGCUGGUUAUUCAACAAUUUUUUAGGAAAAUCUGAAGUUUCAAACAUCAGUGUGUUCAGAGUGUUAUGCGUGGAUUUGUGCUUUAGGUGAAUGUGGUACAUCUCCUGGAGAAGAUGAAGACAACAGUGAAGAGGGGUUUGAUUCUCAGGUAGGUUUGGUCAGACAUUCAUCUUUACAGUCUUUACAGGUUUAGUCAGAUGUGACUCGUAAGAGUGUUUGAUUAUACGUAGCUAGGUUAUUCAAAUAUCUAUAGUGGUAAUCUCGAAUACUUAAUCCCUGCCCUUCCAGUGAACAUUACAAUCAUCUGCCCCUGUUUCCCCAACAGGAAUGAGAAUUCCAACGCCAACUACACCACUGACUUUGUCUUCAAUCUGUACUCAGAGGAGGGAAAAGGCGUCUUUGACUGUCGUAAGAACGUUCUGGGACACAUGCAGCAGGUCUCUUCAUGCAGAGAUGUCUCCAAUCCCUCUUCAAGAUUCUCUCCUGUUUAACACUUUUAUUGAUAAUGCAUCUGUCUCUUUCCAGGGCGGCACUCCAACACCCUUUGACAGAAAUUUUGGCACAAAGAUGGGGGCCAAGUCUGUUCGCUGGCUGACUGAGAAACUCAGGGAAUGCCACAGACACGGUGCGCAGCCCUGACAUUGAAUGUUUUAAUUGCACAUUUGGGACACUCAAUUAAAAAACAAAAGCAUGGGGUGCUGCAGGUUAGAGAUGGAAAGAGUACAAAAAUAUUCUACUCCAGUUAAAGUAAAGUUACCUGGAACAUGUAAUUCCAUUCUGUGAAUUGCAUUUCCAACAAAGAAAAUAAAAUUAAGAAAAAAUAGAAUAAUAAAUUCCACAAAAGGGCAAAUUUUAUGCAUUUAAAGUAUAAAAACACAAUGUAUACACUUAUACCUAAAGAGAGGGGGAAAAAAGUACUUUCUCUAUUGAUACUUUCUCUGUUGAUGUUGAUAGAUUAUUAUAAGUAUUACAUAACAUGUUUACUGGACUGUUUAUUUCUCAUUUCCUUCAGGUCGUAUCUUUGCCAACACACCUGAUUCUGCCUGUGUUCUGGGCAUGAGGAAGAGGGCUCUCACCUUCCAGCCUCUCGCUGAUCUGAAAGAAGACACAGAUUUUGAGUAAGAAACAUAUUUACACAAGCAUAAGCGCUGAAUCAACAAACCUGUUUUAUUGUGAGUUUAUGGAGUCACCCCUCUUGUGUUUAAUCCAGGCACCGCAUCCCUAAGACACAGUGGUGGCUGAAAAUCAGGCCCAUCAUGAAGAUUCUUGCCAAGUAUGACAUCAAACUGGACACAUCCGAACGCGCCGACAUGGAGCAUGUGAUCAAGAAGAGGGGUGCAAUUGGGAAAUAGGCUCAAGUUUCCUACAAAGUGCACUUAAAGGACAGAGUAGAGAAAAUUUUGGUUCCAUUACAAAGUCUUCAAAACAUGUUCACAUGCCCUUGUAAGAGAGCUGCUGUUACCUCCAUCGUAAUCCUGAAUGUGUUUUUUUCUGUCAAAGAUAUUUCUGUUCUGUUAGUCUCCUAAGCCUCAAACUUUCAGUGAAACAAUUUUACACAAGUGCAAUAUAACAAAUAAAGAUAUAUUUUAAAACAA